UUUGACAUUGGUCUCUGAACUCUCUCUCUCUCACAGAGACACACAAAAUGGGAAUGGAAAUGGAAAAGGUAGCUCUGCCAUUUGUGGGCAUGGUGAUGGCAGAGUUUGCCCAAGUUGGUCUAAUGAUAGUUGGCAAAGAAGCCAUGUCUAAGGGUAUGAGCAACUUGGUCUUCAUCUUCUACUCCAACGCCUUUGCCUCUCUCAUCCUUCUCCCCUCUGCCCUUCUCUUCCACAGAUCACAAUCACCGCGUCCUCAGCUUUCUUUCUGCAUUCUUUGUGGGUUCUUCUUGCUUGGCCUUAUUGGUUUUAUUGUGCAGGCUUUAGGGUAUGCUGGGAUUUUGUAUAGCUCUCCUACGCUUGCAACGGCCAUUCUCAACCUUACCCCAGCUUUUACCUUCAUUCUGGCCGUUACUUUCAGGAUGGAGAAACUAGAUUGGAGAAGCUCCAAUAGCCAAGUUAAAAUCAUUGGAACCAUUAUCUCAAUUUCAGGGGCAUUCAUUGUGACUUUAUACAAGGGCCUUCCCCUGCUGAUGACACCCUUACAUUCAAACUCAUCUCAUAAACUUCUUGUGCAAAUGUCAAACUGGGUCAUUGGAGGAUUACUCCUGGCAGCUGAUGCUAUGCUGGCUUCAACAUGGCUUAUUUUGCAGGCAUGGAUGCUUAAGAAAUACCCAGCAGAGUUGAUUGUAGUCUUUUUCUACUGCUUCUUUGUGGCCAUUCAAUCUGCAGUGGUCUCUUUGGUUGUGGAAAGAGACCUAAGUUCUUGGAGUCUACAACCUAAUAUGAGGUUGAUUGCUGUUCUAUAUUCGGCAGUGUUUGGUUCAGCAUUCCAAGUUGGCAUUUCUGCAUGGUGCCUGCACAAGACGGGGCCCCUUUUUGUUGCUAUGUUCAAGCCUGUGGGGAUUGUCAUUUCAGUUUUCAUAGGUGUUAUCUUCUUAGGAGAUAAUUUCUAUCUUGGAAGUCUGAUUGGAGCAAUUCUGAUUGUCGUCGGAUUUUAUUGUGUGAUGUGGGGAAAGGCCAAAGAGCAGAAGACGGGAGAGGAAACUAGGAUAAGUGGCUUGGAGUCAAGCAGAGAAAAGGUUCCUCUCUUGCAAAACAGUAAUGAAGAAAUAUAGAAGUUUUGUCGAUCAACUCAAAGCAAAAGGUCCCUCCUGCCUACCAAAACAGGACAGUAUACAUCACCCUAAGUGAUGCAGGAAACCAUGGGCCUAAGGCCAGCCCCUGAUAUUGAGCCUUGGCUCAGCUGCCAUAUUUAGGGAUGAAGAAGUCCAUGGAGCCUAUGUGAUGUGCAAUAACUGUUUGUUGUCAAUGUGAUGUGGAGUCAUAAACAUGGAAGGCACAACCAUAAACAUGAGCAUGAGCUGAAAGUUGAGUUUGUGGGGUCAGAACUAAAUACUAGAUCCACAUCUUAUGGAAACUGCAGCAUCACCUUACAAAGCCAAUGGUUAAUGUGCGUGCUUCUUCCCUGUUUAAUAAUAUAGUGAAAUCAGACUAUUUGGCCUUUGGUCGCAGUAGUUUAUGCCCUCUCUUUGUUAGGGAGAUCAAAAAUCUCAGGCCUUUGUUGGUGCAGCCAUAUUGUACUGUUGACUUGGCUUUUAUUUAUGGCUUUUGUUAAUAAAUAUCCCAAGGGCAAGUUAAUGCACAUUUUUAGAAGCACAAACAACAUCCUUGAAUUUUGAAUUA